CCACUUGCUUUUUUUCACUCUCUCUCUCGUCAGGAAUCGUCUCUGCUCUUUCAUAAUCUUCCGGUCUCUCUCUCCCUCUCUCUAAUUCGGAGGGCUAAUUCUGUUUUCUCAUCUUCUUGAGGAGUUUAGCAAUGGAAGGAGUUCCUGGGGUCAAUACUGUUCCAAAUCCUAACCAUUAUGACAAGUCAAUAGUGUUAGAUGUAAAACCGCUGCGAAGUUUGAAACCUGUUUUUCCAAAUGGUAAUCAAGGUCCACCUUUUGUUGGUUGUCCACCCUUUGGUCCUUCUUCAUCUGGUUAUUCUCCUUUCUUCCCAUUUGGAACACAACAACCAACGCAGGAUACUCCAGAUCUCAACCAAACUCAGGACACACCUAUUCCAUCGUUUGUUCCACCUCUUCGCUCGUAUAGAACACCAACUGAAACAAAUGGCCCCAGCAGCUCUAGUGGAACUAAACGAGGAGUUGGUCGACCUAAGGGGUCUAGUAGUGUGAAGAAAAAAGAGAAGAAGACUGUGGCCAAUGAGUCUAAUUUAGAUGUUCAGGUAGUGAAAAGAUUCAGUUCAGAUUUUGACAGUGGGAUCAAUCCAGCAGAGCGAGAAGAUGGAAAUGCGUACUUAGUAAGUAGCGUAUUGAUGCGUUUUGAUGCAGUUAGGAGGCGGCUCAGCCAAGUAGAAUUUGCAAAGUCCGCUACUUCUAAAGCAGCAGGUCUUCACAUGCAGACUAUGGCUGGCAUUGACUAUAUAACUAGUAAGGCCGGUUCAGAUGAAGAGCCUUUAGCAACUAGCAUUGUUUCAUCUGGACGUUAUGAAGGUGAAGCUCAGGAUCCUGAGUUAUUAAUUUAUAGUGGACAAGGCGGCAACGCAGACAAGAACGGACAAGCAUCUGAUCAGAAGCUUGAAAGGGGUAAUCUAGCACUAGAGAAAAGCUUGAGGAAGGGUAAUGGAGUAAGAGUCAUAAGAGGGGAGGAAGAUGCAGCUACCAAAACAGGAAAGAUCUAUAUCUAUGAUGGGCUUUAUUCGAUCUCAGAGUCAUGGGUAGAGAAAGGGAAAUCUGGUUGCAACACCUUUAAAUAUAAAUUGGUGAGACUACCUGGUCAACCACCUGCUUUUGGCGUUUGGAAAUCUGUUCAGAAGUGGAAGGCAGGUUUGACUACAAGACCAGGCCUAAUCCUUCCAGAUCUCACUUCAGGAGCUGAAAGUAAACCUGUUUCACUAGUGAACGAUGUUGAUGAGGAGAAGGGGCCUGCUUAUUUUACCUAUAUCUCCUCUCUGAAAUACUCAGAGUCCUUUAAACUAACUCAGCCCGCUAUUGGUUGUUCCUGCAGUGGCUCAUGUGCACCAGGAAAUCUUAACUGCUCUUGUAUCAGAAAAAAUGAUGGUGAUCUCCCUUACCUUAAUGGGGUUAUGCUCGUUUCCCGGAGGCCGAUGAUAUAUGAAUGUGGCCCAACGUGUCCAUGUCAUGCCAGUUGCAAAAACAAAGUGAUUCAGACAGGACUGAAAUCCAUCCUGGAAGUGUUUAAGACAGGAAAUCGCGGUUGGGGUUUACGUUCUUGGGAUUCCAUACGUGCUGGUUCUUUCAUAUGUGAAUAUGCUGGUGAAGUCAUAGACAAAGGCAAGCUUAGAGGAAACCAAGAAGAGGAUGAGUAUGUCUUCGACACAUCUCGUGUUUUUAACUCGUUUAAGUGGAAUUAUGAGCCUAAACUUGUAGAUGAAGACCCUUCAGAUGAAGUUCCCGAGGAGUUUAAUCUUCCAUCACCACUCCUAAUCAGUGCCAAGAAAUUUGGCAAUGUAGCUCGGUUCAUGAACCAUAGUUGCUCUCCCAACGUUUUUUGGCAGCCAGUUAUUUGUGAAGGAAACGGUGAAUCGGUUAUCCAUAUUGCUUUCUUUGCCAUGCGUCACAUCCCUCCUAUGGCAGAAUUGACAUAUGAUUAUGGGGUUUCUCCUACAUCCGAGGCCAGAGAUGGUAGCCUUUUACAUGGACAGAGGACAUGUCUCUGUGGAUCUGAGCAAUGUCGUGGUUCCUUCGGAUGAUCUGGGACUGUUUAUCUAAUUAACAUAAUCCGUUUGAAACCAUUGCCACAGGACAGAAAGACUUAUGUGUGUAGCAAAGCACAAAAGUGGUGGCUUUUGUUCUUCUUCUUAAGGUAAAAGGUUGCCGUUUUUGAAAACUGUGUAUUGUAUGUUAUGUGACGAUGCCUACACAUCUAAUCAAUUGUUCUGUAUUGG